CUUCUCUCUCUCAUCCUCACCUGUUCUUCUCUCUUCUUGAUCUUCUCGGUAGGAUCAAGUAGCUGGUGUUCCAUCGGCUACAAUUCCAUCCUUUUCCAACUGCCCUGAGCUGUACCAUCCAGACCGCAAGGUCCUUGCCAUCCUUCUCUCCUCAAUCCAUCAAGGACUCAACCCAAGCUCUUUGAUACGUAAACCAAGAUCAUCAUGAGAGUCCUUCCAGCUUCUUUGCUGGUCGGAGCGGCCACUGCUGCCGUCUCCUCUCCCUUCCAGCAGGUUCUCGGAGAUGUCAAGUCGAACAUCAAGUCGACCGUCGAGAGCUCCUCCGAGCCCCUGCACGCUUUCAAGGAGCAGCUGAAGACUCUUUCCGAGGAUGCUCGUAGACUCUGGGAGGAAGUUGCCAGCAGCUUCCCCGAGAGCAUGGACCAGAACCCUCUCUUCUCUCUGCCCAAGAAGCACAACCGUCGUCCCGACUCUCACUGGGACCACGUUGUUCGUGGUGCUGAUGUCCAGGACGUCUGGGUCACCGGCGCCAACGGCGAGAAGGAGCGGGAGAUCGAUGGCCGUUUGGAAGCCUACGAUCUCAGGGUCAAGAAGACCGACCCUAGCUCCCUCAACAUUGACCCGAACGUCAAGCAAUAUACCGGUUAUCUUGAUGAUAACGAGAAUGAUAAGCACCUGUUCUACUGGUUCUUCGAAUCUCGCAACGAUCCCGCCAACGAUCCCGUUGUCUUGUGGUUGAACGGAGGCCCUGGGUGCUCGUCUCUGACCGGUCUCUUUAUGGAGCUUGGACCCAGCAGCAUUAAUGAGAACAUCAAGCCCAUCUACAAUGAUUUCUCUUGGAACUCCAACGCCUCUGUCAUCUUCCUUGAUCAGCCCGUCAACGUUGGUUACUCCUACAGUGGCUCUGCUGUUAGUGACACUGUUGCUGCUGGCAAGGACGUCUAUGCUCUGCUUUCUCUCUUCUUCAAGCAGUUCCCCGAGUAUGCCAAGCAAGACUUCCACAUUGCUGGCGAGUCUUAUGCUGGUCACUACAUCCCUGUCUUUGCCUCUGAGAUCCUUUCUCACAAGAAGCGCAACAUCAACCUCAAGUCUGUGCUGAUUGGCAACGGUCUCACCGAUGGCUUGACCCAGUACGAGUACUACCGGCCCAUGGCUUGCGGUGACGGAGGUUACCCUGCUGUUCUGGAUAAAGCUUCCUGCCAGUCCAUGGACAACGCCCUGCCCCGCUGUCUGUCCAUGAUUGAGUCCUGCUACAGCUCUGAGAGCUCCUGGGUCUGCGUGCCUGCCUCGAUUUACUGCAACAACGCUCUCCUGGCACCUUACCAGCGUACCGGACAGAAUGUCUACGAUGUCCGUGGCAAGUGCGAGGACGACUCCAACCUCUGCUACAAGGGUCUGGGGUACGUCAGCGACUACUUGAACAAGCCCGAAGUCAUCGAGGCUGUCGGUGCUGAGGUUGGCGGCUAUGACUCCUGCAACUUCGACAUCAACCGUAACUUCCUCUUCCACGGUGACUGGAUGAAGCCCUACCACCGUCUGGUUCCGGGUCUGCUCGAGCAGAUCCCCGUCUUGAUUUAUGCCGGUGACGCCGACUUCAUCUGCAACUGGCUUGGCAACAAGGCCUGGACCGAGGCUCUCGAGUGGCCCGGCCAGAAGGAGUACGCCGCUCUCCCCUUGGAAGAUCUCAAGAUCGUCGACAACGAGCACAAGGGCAAGAAGGUGGGACAGGUCAAGUCCCACGGCAACUUCACCUUCAUGCGCCUCUACGGCGGUGGCCACAUGGUUCCCAUGGACCAGCCCGAGUCCAGCCUGGAGUUCUUCAACCGCUGGUUGGGCGGUGAAUGGUUCUAGAUCGGACCUGCUGCUGCUGCUACUGCUGCUCUUUGAUAUAAGUUACAUACUUGCAUUUU